GGUCAUCAAAUACCAAGCUUCUUUGGUCAGCUUAGGAAUCUAAGGUAUCUAAAUUUAUCACAGGCAGGUUUUGUGGGAGAUAUCCCUUUUCCAGUUUGCAAAUCUCACGAAGUUGCAUUAUCUUGACAUCCGAGGACUCUUGCUGGAUAUUAGCAAAUCUUGAAUGGCUGUCUCAUCUUUCUCUGCUAGAAUUCCUGGACAUGAGUGUCAACAAUCUUAACAAAGCAUCUAAUUGGCUACAGAUGCUGAGCAUGCUCUCUUCUCUAUCCGACUUGAUGAUAAGUUACAACCGCAUUCAGGUAACCAUAUUCAAGGGGUACUCCCCAAUGCCUUUGGAUGUCUUUCCCAAUUGAAGCAUCUUGAUUUGUCAUUCAAUGGCCUUGAAGGAAAACUGCCGAGCUCCUUGGGGAAUCUAUGUAACCUACAACAUUUAGAUUCAUCUCACAACAAACUUGGGAGAGGUCUAUAUGAGGUCUUGGGAAAUUCAUCUGCAUGUCACAUAAAAAGUUUGGAGUACUUACAUAUGCAGGGUAAUCGACUUUCAGGUGUUUUGCCUGAUCAACUUGGGAAAUUUCAAAAACUCUCUGUUCUCUUCCUUGACUCUUAAGUUGAUUUCUGGUCCAAUUCCUGUAUCUAUAGGAAAUCUGUCGUUAUUGAGGGUAUUAUCUAUCGCUGACAAUCAAUUGAGUGGGGCAAUUCCUGUAAGUUUUGGACUCCUUUCAAAUCUUGAAACUUUACUUCUCUCACAAAAUUUUUUGGUAGGUUUGGUUUCCGAGAUGCAUCUUUCCAACUUAACGGGGUUGAAAUAUCUUUACGCUGAUUCAAACCUAUUGACUUUGAAGGUAAGUUCCAAUUGGGUUCCACCUUUCCAACUCCAAUCAUUGACGAUGGAAUCAUGGCGACUAGGCCCACUAUUUCCUUCAUGGUUUCAAUCACAGAAAGAUCUUCGAUAUCUAGAUUUAUCCAACACAAAAAUCUCAGAUGUCAUACCUUCUUAGUUUUGGAGCCACUCUUCAAGAAUAAAUAUCCUGGAUCUUUCUAAAAACCAGCUUCAAGGCAGUAUUCCAAGAUUAUCUGUUGGAGAAACUGUCUAUCUUGGUUCAAACAACUUCUCUGGCCCCCUUCCCCGUAUCACCUCUCGUACCAUUACAGAAUUAGAUCUUUCAAAUAACUCAUUCAGUGGACGUCUUUCUCCCAUGAUUUGUGAACAUAAUGAUAGAAUGAGAGGUCUGGCUUUUCUGGAUCUGUCAAGAAAUCUUUUAUCCGGAGAACUUCCUGACUGUUGGAUGAAUUAUUCUACAUUAAAAGUGUUGCACUUGGGGAACAAUAGCCUCACAGGAAACAUACCAAGCUCAUUGGGUUUUGUAUCCACACUUCAGUCUCUAUCAUUGUAUAAAAACAACAUGCUUGGAGAUUUACCAAUGUCGCUACAAAAUUGCACAAGUUUAAGGCUCUUAGAUCUCACUGAGAAUCAUUUCUCUGGUAGCUUACCCACUUGGUUGGGGAAUAGUUACUAUGACCUUGUUGUCCUUAUGCUUCGCUCGAACAAGUUCAGUGGCAGUAUUCCUCAGGAGCUGUGUCACCUAACUUCACUUCAGAUCUUGGACCUUGCACGGAACAACUUCUCCGGACACAUACCGAGAUGCUUUGGCAAUUUUAGUGCUAUGGCGAGACAAGAUGACUCCAGUGGUGUCUUUGAUUUCCUUCUACCACUGAAAACAUUAACAGAAACAGCAGUCUUGGUAACGAAGGGAAGAGAGUACAAAUAUUAUAGCCAAACACUUGCUCUCGUCAAAAGCAUGGACCUCUCAAGCAACAAUUUAAUUGAAGAGAUCCCUAAGGGGGUCACCAGUCUCUACAGCCUGCGAUUCUUGAAUCUGUCAGCCAACAAACUCAAUAGAGGGAUUCCUGAUAAUAUCAAUGCCAUGAGAUUAUUGGAAUCUCUUGAUCUCUCCUGGAAUCAAUUAACAGGUGCAAUACCUCAAAGCUUGGCGAGUUUGACAUCCUUGUCUCAUUUGAACUUAUCAUACAACAACUUCUCUGGCAGAAUUCCCUCCGGUACCCAGAUACAAACCUUUAGUGCAUUGAGUUUCAUUGGUAAUCAUGAUCUUUGUGGACCUCCACUUACAGUUAGUUGCAUUGGAGAUGACCAGCCCCCUGAGCCAACACCAAAUGCUGAUAAUGAAGGUGGCGAGGACGAUGGCUGGAUUGACAUGAAGUGGUUUUAUAUAAGUAUUCCACUUGGGUUUGUUGUGGGGUUUUGGGGCAUAGUAGGUCCAUUAGCAUUCAGCAAGGUAUGGAGACUUGCUUACUUCAGGUUUUUGGAUGACAUGAUGUAUAGACUCUUUUGGCGGAGCUUGAGAGCGUAACGAAAAUGGCUAAACCAUGGGUUUGCGUAUUGUAUUUUGUAGAAAGAAAUAAAAGAACGCUUUCCAUGGUUUUGGUUGUCCUUAAUUUCUUUUGUCUACACGCCUGCCUUCUUAUACAUGGUUUUGGUAUCUGUUUGACCAAAACCGCAAUAUUUCAGCUCUCUUCAAACGCUGGGCAAUGGGCAUGGAGCACAUAGAUUCGCAUUUCCCGUACGCCACAGGCAUUGCCACUAACCAUAUGCACACCCCAGAGAAGUUACGGCACAACUGGAGCUCAUGGCUCUCAGCAACCAAGGUUAGAUUUAAACAAGACUAGACGGGCAAAAGGGUUCCGAUACUCAAAUUACAUGAAGAUAAUCUCUUACAUAAACACGGCACGCACACCAAAAGGGAAAAAUAAAACGAGAAUGAUGAGUUUCCUUCCUCCUGUUCCAGCAGUUACUUGGGAUUCAUGUGACGCCGACACAAUCACAUCAACUAAAGCUUGAAAAAAGAGAACUUAAAAAAGGUUCAAGCAGCAUGAUCGCACACC